AUGAAUAUCCUUCCAAUCAAUAUAACGCUCAUACUGGUGGUUUCAAUUCAAGGAGGUUAUGAAGAUUUUGUUGUAGAUCAUUUGGUGAUGGAAUUUUGUGCUGAAGUUGAGUUCAUUGAUAGGAUUACCACAAAAGGGCACUGUUCAGAAAGAAAAGAAACUGAAGUUGAGUGCACAAAGAAUAUCAUGGUUUCAUCACAUGCUGGGACAAAAGAAGCCAGUCAGGCAAAAUAUAUCUCGAUACUGAACAUCAUUCAGGGAGAAGUUGACCCAACUCAGGUUCAUGAUAGUUUGCAGCAAAUACGUGAAAGAAAGCUUGUUAAUUUCAUUGAAUGGGCUCCUGCUAGCAUUCAGGUGAGUGGGUUGAUGCUAGCAAGUUACAUUGGAAUUCGUCAUCUGUUUUCUAAAUGUUUGAGUCAGUAUUCUCUCUAA